ACGCCCUCAGUGAGAAAAUACCCGAAACAAAGCUAGCGUAUUCAACAAGACGCAAGAAGAAAGAAGCAAAACUCCGCAGUUGUGUGCUACUCUGGAGAAGAAAAUCCUAACGGGCCGGAAAACUUUCUAUAUUUUACUGAAAUUCGUGAGUUGAUAGCUGCGGUACCGAUCAUGGAACAAGUGUUGCAGAACAAUCUGAUUUCGGCUGCCGUUCAGCUGGAGAAGCAGCUGGACAACGAGUUGUCCCGGCUGGACAGCCUCGGCGGCGAGGAUUUGGAGAAGCUUCGAGAGCAGCGCAUUCAGGAGAUGAAAAAGCAGGCGGCCCAGCGGCAGGAAUGGAAGAAUAACGGACACGGCGAAUACAGCGAACUGGCCGACGAGAAGGAAUUUUUCGAGGUAAGCAAAAAGUCCGCGAACAUCGUGUGCCACUUCUAUCGUGACUCGACGCCCCGCUGCCGGAUUGUCGAUAUGCAUCUGAAAAUUUUGGCCCAAAAGCAUCUGGAAGCCAAAUUUUGCAAGGUUAACGCCGAGAAGUGUCCCUUUUUGACCCAGCGGCUGCGCAUCAAGGUUAUCCCCAGCAUAGCACUUAUCAAGGACAGCAAAACCAAGGACUACAUCGUCGGCUUCACGGAUCUGGGCAACUGUGACGAUUUCAGCACCGAAAUGUUCGAGUGGCGAAUUGCACAAUCGGGGGCCAUUGAUUAUAAUGGUGAUUUGCUUACACCUCCAGAUGAUAAGAAAAAGAAGAAGCAGGCUUACAACUCAAAGAAGACGAUUCGCGGUGGCUACGUUUCGGAUGAUUCGGAUAUCGACUUUGACGAUUAAGAACGACAGAAUGCAUGAAGGUAUGAUACACGGAAGGAUUCCAAUCAGGCCGCUAGGUUGUUUACGGAGUAUACUGCUACUAAAUGGAUGGUCGAUUCAAAAGAAAAAUAAAGAAGCACACACUAUUAUGAUAGUAAAAAUGACAAUUGCUCUGGCAGCAAUGGAAGCGGAGGGACAAAUUCUUCAUUAGAUAUUAAUAUCGACAUAGAUGCAAAUCUUUAGUAUUUAACAUAUUUUAGCCGUUAAGCGAUUUUUCUUUGUUCUUCGUACAGAAAUAAAUUUUUCAUCAGCAUGUGCU